AUUUCAUCCUCAUCAAGACUGUUAGCAACUGCCUACAGUUUCCUCUCAACGUGUUAGUGUGGUAGUGUUACUAAUGUAAACACAUUCCUGAAUUCACCAACAACGUAACGAAAUGGUGAUUUAUUUGUUGUUAAAUUUUUUAUAUUUCUUCUUAUUAGUAAAAUCGAUAAUUAUGAUAAUAUAUAUUUUAACUAGUCACUUAGUCAGACUUGCAGAAUAUUAAUUAAACUAUACUCAUAGAAUAGAAGUAACUGCGAAUCAUAUUUUUAUCUAUCUAUUUUCACUGAUUCACUGUGCUAGUGCUACUGACUAAUGAAUUUAACUUAACUAAUAGAAAAUGAGUCAUUUUAUAUUGUGCUAACCUGAUUGCAGUCUCUCCCCUUAUUACCCUAAUAAACUAAUGACUAAUAGUAUUACUAUUACUUAUUACCUACUUGUCGUUGUCGUUAGUAGUGUACCCUAUACUUAUACUAUGACUAUAUGACAAUCAUCACUGUCAUACAAUUAACAAUUUCAAUGACAAUAGUGAUCAUUUUUAUAUGAUUGAGACUGGGUUACUGCCCUAUUCCUUAUGAUAACUAAUGACAAUGAGUCAGAGUAGUGAUGAGUUAAGAAAUUUAGACAGUAUAAAUUAUAAAUUUUAGUAUUUUUAGAGAAUCGUUAAUUUUCUAGUUUACCAAUUCUCCAGAAUUCUCUCUGCUUUCUAAUUUUUGUAAAUCAUGUUAAGACUCUAUUUCCUUAUCUCAACUAUUUAGUCUUCAUCAACUUUGCCAGAGGAAGACUUUUGGGUCUUUUUCCGAUUUAGGUCCUACCUAGAGACAGUUCUUUCAUCAGCCCUUUAAUGGGUUAAAAGUAUUACUCAUGCUGAUGCCUUCGGUCUCGUCCGAGUGACAGGACCAAAAUUAUUCUCACACAUCAACAUACUGGUAGUCACUGGUAGUCUGGUAGCCAAACUUGUUUUCCUUAUAAACUGUGUUAUUCUCCUCACCGACCCGGACACCGAUGACAUUUUCUCUUCCCCGCCUCUCAUUUUUUUCAGAAGAGAUAAAACUCUGCAAGAUCUGCUUGUGCAUAGUCGUAUCCACUCUGCCCCCUUUUUGGGACCAAGCCUUGUGGAUGCAACUAUUGCAAAACUGCUUGCCCUUUUUUCAUCCAGAUUCAACACAUUUUACACAUUCCCUUCCCUAAGAGCAGUUUUCAGAUAAGGGAUUGUUUCCUUUGUACUAGCCGCAAUGUUGCCAAUGCCAUUGUUUGCACCCAAUACCAGAUGGCAUAUCUAGGUGAGACUGGACAGAUGAAAUCAACGCUGCCAUAAUAUUGCGAAAGAUAACCAAUGUCCCAUCUCAAAACACUUUAAUAGAAGCCACCACAAGGGCUCAGGGGAUUUAGCUACCAUUGCCAUUGUGCCUUGUACAAACACACCAAACCUGGUGAACUUGGAAACUGAUUCAGACUGAUGAAACCUUGACACCACAUGACAUGAAAUGUGUUAUUUUAUUUUAUAUUGUUUUUACUGUUGUUUGUUCCUGAAGAAGACUUCUUGGUAACAUGUUGUUUUGUUGCAUACUUUUUUUACAUUUUCUCAUACUUUGUUUCACUCCCUUCCUUUUAAUUUUUGUAAUACAUAUUAAUAAUUAAUUAAAAUUAGGGAUAAUUUUUAAAUACACCACAGCUCAAACACACACAAAAAUAACAAUAGUAAGCCUAGGUUUUAUUUUAACACUACAUAUUAAAUUAUUGAAAAGUGACUAGAAUUAGAUGUAGCCUACUCAUCAGUUACAUUAUAAUUAUAUUAAUUAAUAUAGAUUGUAAAUCAUUACUCAAACAAGUGAUAGGAUAAGUCGUAAAUAAUAAUGUUAAAUAGAGGAUUUAGGCUGCUGGUCGCUGGUACACAUUUUUUUAAAGAGAGUUAGUUUAAUUAUAAAUAUAAGUUAUAGAAUAAGUAUAAGCGUCUUUCUAAUUAACUUCAUGCAGGGUAAUGCUAACACCUCAACAGAGCCCAGAUCAAAUUUUGAAAAUGGGGAUACAAAAGCUAGUAGUACUAGUAGAGAAAAGCAUCACAAGAGAUUCUCAACAUGUAAGUUUUGCCUUUAAAUUUUACUUUUUUAAAGUGUUGAGUUAAUAAAAAGUUUAGUGAAAACAUGGAAACAAUAUGCUAAAAAUAAUUUUUUAAAUGGCAAGUACUUUUUUUAUUUGGAUCUUCCGACAGCAGAAGCAAGAAAUGAAGUUAACAUUUAUAGAAGAUUUCAGCUCUGAAACAACAUUUGACUAUUUUGACUGACUGUUUAAUUUUUUUUAAGGCAUAAUUCAAAUAUUCUGUGUAUACCUAGCUAAAAUAGGAUAGGGGCAGAUCAGGGACGUGCUGGCACAUGGAAACCCGUGACGAACGGUGUAGUAAGAAAGGCCCGGAGGCCCACCCGCACACCGGAGAUUGUAAUAACUGCCCAAAAAGGCCCAUGACGAAUGGUCGUCGCGUCGUCAUGGGCCAGCACGUCCCUGGGGCAGAUAGAUAGUGAAGAUAAACAUUGAAACUAAGUUAUACUAGUUAUAGUUUUAGUGAUUUCCAAAUUUUUUUUCUGCUCACUCAUAAUACAAUUUUAAGAAUCAGGAGGGUCAUUUUUUAACAUUAGUGUUUUUGUCCUUUGAAGUUCUUACACUCUUUUGCUUUUUUUAAUUUUAUUUACCUAACACUACCAGGGAUGCUAACUGUUUUUUCAAAUUUUAUUUAGUUACUCCAAAACAAAAAGAGGCUUUGUUGAAGCGAUACAAUUUGUACGAUUCCUCAUCAGGAGGAGUGGUUGGAAUUCCAUUGGAUGUUUGUUUAGCCAUGCCAGAGUUUGUAGGAAAUAAACUGAUUGGAGUCCUUAUUCAUGACUUUGCUAACUCCAGAACUGGAUGCAUGCACCAAGAAGAAUUCCUCAACUUUUGCUCCUUUCUACACCCACUAACAAGCAUUGAAGAAAAGAAGAAAGGUGGUCUAAUAAAUUUUCCUUAACAUUUUUUCACAUAUUUUUGGAAGAAUUUUAAUUACAGUGGAACCUUGGAUAACAAACUUAGUCUAUUCUGUGACUCUGUUCUUAAAUCAAAAUAAUUUUUUUCAUACUGAGAUCUAUGUAAACUUAAUUAAUCAAAAUUAAUGUGUUCCAACCUUAGAAAUAUUAUAUUUUGCGAUUUUUAAGUUUAUCUUUAAUGAUAAAUAAAGAAUGACAUUAAAAUAUCUUUAAAUAUAGACAUAUUAAACUAAAAUAAAACUAAUAAAAUAAUAAUGUACCAGGUACUUUCUUUACUUAAACGAAGUGGCUAUUCAGACCCGGGUCCGAGAAGUGAGAGGUUGGGAUUAAAAUUUUACAAAAUAUAUUAUUGUUAGGUUGUAAGACAAAAUUUGGUAUUAUAUGAAAAAUAAUUGAAUUAUUAGCUUACUUAUUCAGCUUAACUAAGAUAAACUACCACAAAAAGAAGAAAGUUUACAAACCUAUAGUCCAUUCAAUUAUCUUUCAUUUGAUACCAAAUUUUGUCUUACAAACCCUACAAUAAUUUUUAAAUAUUUUUAAUAAACCCAAACUCUCACUUCUCGGACCCUUCUCGGACCCGGGUCCGAAAAGCCGCAGCCUUACUUAAACACUAACACGAUUCCUAUUAAUAAUACUUUUUUCUUUAGGCACCUUAAUUUAAAAGUCAAUGUUUACAGUACCCCACUGCAAACGCACCAAGGCAUUAAUGAGCCAGUGGGAUUGUGUGUACAGACGAUUUUGUAUGUUUGUACACUUUUAAGUAGCUUCGUUAACAAGACAUUUUUUUUAUUUGUUGGUUAACAAUUUGUUAAAUGGGGCAUUCAUUAUCCAAGGUUCUACUGAAAAUUCUAUAUUGAUAACAAUAAUAAGAUCAUUUGGGGGCUUUGAUAGAAUUUGUAAAUUAUUCUAGCUUCAUUUUUAAAAAGUUUUGUUAUAAAUAGUAUUUACGAAACAGCUAUUUCUUUUUUGUUUUCUUUCCACAGUUCUUUACGACUGCUUUAAUGUUUAUGGUACAGACUGGAUGACACAUGAUGAAAUUUUUAGACUUUACAAAGUUCUUCUGGGACACACAGUCAGUGAUGAUCACAUUUUGGCCUUAACUUUCAAAGCUCUUCAACAUCCAAGCUUAAAAGUCAAGGGUCAAAUUAAAAAAUUUGAAUUUAUGCAGGUUGUUCAAUCAAGUAUAUGCUUAUAAUAUAGUCAUAAUAUCAUCUUACUAAUCGUGUACAAUUGGAUUUAUAUAUUUUAAAAUUGUUAAUGCAGCUUUGACUUUAAUAAUGGCAUAUUAUCUGGCCCAUUAAUAACUUUUGCACCUACAGAAAAACUGCUUAUUAUUUAUUUAAUUAAAAAACUGCACAGUAAUUGAAAUUAAAAAUAUUUUUAUCAAUAUAAUAAGUAUUAUAAAAAUUCAUAUUUUGUACAACAAUCUCCUCACCAAAUAAUCUGUAAAACUGUGUAAAAACAUCACAUUGAUUCUUUUAAUAUCACAUUAUUCAUUUACCUAAUGCAUCCGUAAAUUAUACAUUGGUAAGACAAGGUUUAGUAUGUACAGACUAAUAACAUAUUACCAACAUAGAUUAUGUACAUUUUUGUGUGAUCCCUGUGCAAUCUAAAUUGUCUUCUACCCCUUUAAGUGGGGUAAAUUUGAGAAUUUAUUGAGAGUUAUUUAAUCUGUGCCAAGGGGUUAUUUUUAUGAUUUAUAUAUUAUAUAAAUAAAUUAACCAGUUACAGUUUAAUUUUUUAAAACUUUAAUUGUGAAUUUUUGUUAUAUUUCAGAUGGCAUCUGAUUCUGAAAUUGAACAAAGAUUAACAGUUAUUUUCAACGUGCCACCAGGAUAAAUGGAUAACUGAAUUCCUCAAAUAUUGUUUGUUCACUCCUGCAUUUACUAUAAAUAACAAUAUAUUUUUAUAAUAACCCUAUAGUUUACACAGAAAUGUGCAGCCAUGGGUUCACAAAUUCUUAGAUUCCUAGGAAAAACUCUAAAUAGAAAGAAAAUGGUGUCAAUGACUUAAAUUUGCUUCCAUACUAAAAAUUUAAAAAAAUGGGGUACAAAUUACAGUUAUCAAAUUCAUAAUUAUGAGUAAGCUGUAAUUUUAAAGAAAAGGAAAAGCAAAGAAAAGUUGAAUAAACAUGUUUUCAUUCUCUGUCUUUCACUUCUUUUAGGAUACUGUACGAAAAAUAGCUCAUGAUAUUGAAAAGAUAAAAAACGCAAAAUAUAUUUUCCGAAUCCCUUAAUGCUUGACCACACUUCAAACCUCAUUCUAUUCUAUGAAUUGAUGAAAACUUAAAUAAUCUAUGCUGUACAUUAUCAAUAACGGCUAGUCAAUUAUCAUUAAUUUAAAAUGCUAGAGUUUGCCAUUCCUCAGAUCUCACAUGAUAAGAAUAAUUAUUGUUGCCGAGUGUCAACAUUAUUUAUUAAACUUUGCAUUUAAUCAACCAGCUUUUUUAAAAGAAAUUUUCAUAUUCCUGAAUUUCCUUGACAUUCUGACUUUUACUUCUACUUCUAAAUCAUUGACACUUUCAAUGACAGCUGUAAGGUUAUAUCAACAUGCAAAUAUAUAUCAGAAUCUGAAAUUUCUUAGACACAUCAAACCAUUCAAAGAUAACUUAAUAAUUAAAUUAUAAAAAUAUUCAAAAGAAAUUUAAAGUUUUUCAGGAUAUGAAUUCAAUCAACUUAUUAAUGUCGUUCCACAAAUCUGCCUUUUGUCCCUCCAUAAACAAAUCUUCCAUUGUUUGAGUUGCUGUUCCAUUAACAGGAUUUGAGGUUUGUGUUCACUGUGUAUAUUGCUUUAAAUUUAAGUCACUUUUAACUUUUGACUAACUCCCUGGAACCAACUCUUCAAAAGAAAAAAACCAAAAACAAGGUUUCACUGUAUACCACUAUAACACGGUGCCAUCAUCAUGGGCGCCCGCAGGUAGUGGCAAGGUGGGGCACUUGCCCCCCCCUGGAUUGAUUGCAUAAAAAAUUAAAGUAAAGAGAAAAUAAAGAGAAAGUAAAUAAGCUGAUAUCCUGUCCGUUCGUUCACCAUACAAAUACGCUACAGUAAAUUAAAACUAUAUUAAAACAUUA